GAAGUUUGGGUAAAAUUGUUGAGUCAGACUUCACCUUAAUGUACCCGACACUUCCAAAAGAAGAAUGACGGCCGGUUAACGCAACAAAUGAGAAUGGAUCCGCAGAGUUUGUCAACUACUAAAUCUGCCCUCUAAACCGUUACCGAGCAUUUUUAGACUUAUGAUAUGAUCGAUACGCAAUCUCACCGUUAUAUCCGUUAAACUGACAGCCGUUGCGCUUAGGAAGGAAGCAGGAGAGGAAAAGGGACUGACUGCGCACUAAAAACACACACUCAUCGGGAAGUUUACUUAAAAGGGCAAGCUUGUUUUGCAACCUACUUGAUAGCCACAUAAACGUUCGUAUUUUAAACACAAUCUAUUAUAUUUAUUGAUAUUAAUCAGAGAUAACGUUAUAUUAGACUAUGUAAAGUCCCGAUUGGUUUAUUAUUAAGGUUUGUUCUUAGUGCAAAGGAUUGUUUUUCUUGUGUUUUCCUGAUCGAUAAUAAUCGAUCACAUACCCCCGACGUGAUCGAUCAUGGCCACAGAUGCAAUAGCGACUGAAGAAGUCUCAAACCAGAGAGACUCGAGUGAUAUGAACGCUAACAAAAGUAUUAAUCCCGAAUCAGACACACCCAACUGGACAUCUGAGACGCAAGAAAACAGAAAUAGAAGUAGCCCAACAUCUUUAUCAUCAUCAUCAUCAUCGGUUUAUUCUGGGGAUGAACUACCUGAGGACUCCAUAACAGCGAAUUCACUGGCGAAUGGAAACAGUGGGAUACAAGCAGGAGAUCCACCGCAGGAAGCAGCGAGUUCAGACAAUAGACAAAAACAAGGCGUGAGGACUUCAACUCCUGUGCACACACUCUCCUCGCCAGCUGAACACAAUGGAAGUUUUGAGCACCAGGAGUCGGUGGCGACCACAGAGGCUCGGCUGAGAAUGGAAGGGGUUGAGCUAAAGGAGGAGUGGCAAGAUGAGGAUUUCCCCAGGUAUGUCAUAGGAACUCUAGAACUGCUUGUAGCUGAAAACUAUAUGAUCGUAUACCUGAAUGGAGCCACCUCGCGCCGAAAGAUGCCCAGUGUGGGCUGGCUCAGGAAGUGCUAUCAGCAAAUAGAUCGAAGGUUAAGGAAGAAUUUGAAGUCUUUGAUAAUCGUGCACCCGUCCUGGUUUAUUCGCACCCUCUUGGCCCUCACCAAACCUUUUAUAAGCUCAAAAUUUACCCAGAAAAUCAAGUACGUGUUCAGCCUGACAGACCUGGCUGAGCUUGUCCCGAUGGAGUAUGUUUCCAUCCCAGACUGUAUUAAAGAGUUUGACGAAGAAAAAAAUAGGAAAAAACGUAAAAGGAUUGACAAGGACAUGCAUGGAAAAGUGGAGAUAGCAACUGCUGCAGUGACAGAGUGAGUUGGAAGAAGAGUUGAAGAAGCUGGAAGAAGAAAAGAAUAUAUUGGUUUUCUUUUAACUGGAGAAAGCAAGAUCUUGAUGUCAGAAAAGUGGCUUUUAAAGGAAUAUUUCAACCCGAAAUUCAAAUUGUUUUCAUUUACUCAACCUCAUAGCAUUCCAAACCCACAUUACAUUUUUCCACCAAUGGAACACAAAAGUAGAUAUUUAGCAGAAUGUCCAAACUGUUCUUUUUGAUAGUUGUGGAAUAGAGCAACUUGUACAUUCUGCUAAAUAUCUCCUUUUGUAUUCCACACAAGAGUCAUAGGUUUGGAACGACAUGAGGGUUGAAUAAAUUGUCCGAUUGUUUUCCAUUUUUGAGUGAACUAUGCCUUUAAAGCUUUGACUGCCUGCUACUUUGUGAUCUUUUUUUCUCUCUAUUGCAUUUGUGUGCCAAACACCUGUAAGAUGAUAUCUGGUUUCUGUGUGUUAAACAUUUUAGUAACCUUUUAUGUAUCAUUUCCAUAAGUAGAUAUUGUCAACAUGUUCAAGUUCCUAUAUCUUGCCCUUAGUUAAGACACUCUGUUUUCAAACUAGUUGAUGCAUGUCUUCAUUACAUUUAAAUGUCUAUAUUUAUAUCAAAAGGUGAUAAAGGAGAAAGAUUAAUAUAUUUUUAUGACUGAAAUGGUUUUUUAAGGCCACAAUCUGGCAUUGUUUGUCAUCUGCUCACUGAACGUCUCAUAGUUAUACGGUAUACCACAUAUUGUGUACCGCUUUGUCUUGUUUGAUUUGAGAAUGUGGGGAAAUGUGGAAAAGGAUGAAUUGAACCAGUAAAACAUUUCCAAUUCGCCUUCA